GUAAAGAUGAAAAAAUAUAAAGUUUAAAAAGAUGUAUCACACUGGAAUCUAAAGAUAAAAACUGCAUUGUCAAUUUAAAUGUGCCUCAAUCAAGUUCAAAGAUUUUGAGAAUGUUAUGAUACUUGAUAUAUACUCUGAAACGAGGUAUAUUUAUAUGAUGGCAUGAUGUCAUGUUGAUCCCAAAGAUUAUCAGGAGUCUUAAUCUGCGACUUGUUUGUGGGGAUAUGGGGGUGAUCAGAGUUUACUAGAUUAAAAAACCCCAUGACCUACUUGGAGAAAAAUACUCAACAUUUGGUAAAAAUAAAGAUUUUUUUUCUUUAGCAUCAAACUGAAUUUUUUGGGUCAACAAAAAGGGAAUAAUGUUGGGUUUAAUAACAUCCAUUCUUUUAACCGAAUUCCCAGAUAUUAGUGUGUUGAACAAAGCUGCAAAGCUGUGUAACUAUGAUGGAAACAGCCGAAGACAUCUCGAUGAGAUAUGAAAACCUGUCUGUCAAUAACUGAGGAUUAUCGAGGUCCGUGGAACACCUUCAUCUGCAGAGCCCCGUCUAAUCUGGAGCGGGAUAUAACAAGCUCCCGACUCCUCCUCACUGUCAGCCUCUGCGGACGCGGCGCGGCAGAAGUUUGCGUCUCUGCGCGGGUGAAGAAGCGAUGGCCGCGUUUUUGGACUCUGAGUUCCCUCUGAUCAGGCAGAAGCAGCAGAAGGAGCUGGUGGAUCCGAAGAUGCUGUUUGGAGAUCAGGAGGCCUGCAGAGAUGGUCGGAGUGAGAGCACUGCGUCCUCUCAGGAGCCGGACAGAUGCCCGGCUUUGAUGGAGGGCCAGAGGAAGAGGAAGAGGACCAUAUUUAGCCGAGCCCAGCUGUCUGAGCUGGAGCAGGCCUUCGCUGUGACUCCGUACCCGGACAUCACCCUCAGGGAGAGGCUGGCUGCACACACACACCUGCCAGAGAGCAAGAUACAGGUCUGGUUUCAGAACAGAAGAGCCAGAAGUAUCAAAACAGGCAGACCCACCAAGUCCGACGGGGGAGGACGGGGUUUCCUGGAGCCCCCUGCUGGACAUGGGGCCUCCGCUUACCCACCAGCCACAACCAGCCUGGCGGAUAUAUUCAGGCAGGAUCAGAGCCACUCCUGUGAGGAGGUGCCUGCGCUUUACUCAGACUGGAUCCAGAUUUACAGCAACCAGGCGUCGUCCACGCCUCCUCCGUGUCCGUCCCUUCCUCAGCAGCCUCCCCCGAAGCUGCUCCAGAGCUGCUCCAAAGCGCCCGACGGCCACCGCUGGGAGGAAGAGCAGCAGCUGGGCUCGAGAUUCAGCAGCUUCAUUACUGGCUCAUUUCCGCAGCCAAUCAGCAGGCAGAGUCAUCACCAUCCCUCCACGCGCUCCUAUCAGGCGUUUACGAACUUCAAACCUCAGAGCCUGGCUCCGCCUCUGACCCAUCAGCACAUGUAUGGAGGCAAUGCUGGAGCUGGAGGACACAGCUCAGUGGACCAGGUUGUCCCUUCACACCCUCAACCAAUGUACUGGGAGGUCACUCAAGGUCAAGGUCACCGCCAUCAUCAUCAUCAUCAUCAUCCGCAAAUAGGACCUCAGACUUCCAUGGGAUACAUCUCAGAUCUGAUCUACAAUGCCGCCAUUGUGACUAAUUUUCUUGAGUUCUGAUGACCAAUGAACAUAUUUGGAUCCAUUGCUGUCCAGUUUAGUAAAUGAUUAAUCGUUAACUGAAGUAUACAGAUUUAAAAAGGGCAAUUUUGCUGAAAGAGCAACGCAGGUAUUAAGCCAAAACUGUACAAAAAAUAUACAUUUUUGCAUUAAAAAAACCCUACCUUUGUCUGUGAAUACCCUAAACUCCUAGAGUGGCACAGCUUCACCAGGUUCAAAUUCUAAAAAAAUCCAUCUGGUACCUAAUUAUUAGAUCAGUUCUACACUGUAAUGAUGCUAAGUUAAGCAGAAAUAUUUUUCAGAUGCAGAUGAUGAUUGCUACAAAAGAUCAAACAUGCACUAAAUGAAAAUACUUAUUUUAUUGCAUUUUAGGCAAUAAAAUGUUUAAUUUCUUAUUUGAAAAAGGAAUAGAUUCAUGUUUUUUUACAUCUUUCUAUAUAUUUCUAAAAUUGUUUAUAAAAGACUUCAGUGGUUAAGAGAAUUUUUUUAUCUGAUUAAUCGAUUAAAAGUCAAAGAAACGGACAGAAUAGUUAGUUACUAAAUUAACAGUUACAGUCCUACCUCCAAGUUUUUUUUGUUCCUAUCCUUCUUGCCUGCUGAUUUUAUACCAGAUAGUUAAGUAGUACUGCUGUUGUUGUCUGUCAGUUUAGUCGUACUGUUUUGUAAUCAAUAUUUU